CAACUCACCUGUUGUUUGUCUUGUAGUGGCUGGGCCUUAGUGCUGAGGGGGUAAUCGACCGAAGAUGUCCGGCCGCGGGAAGCAGGGCGGGAAGGCGCGGGCCAAGGCCAAGUCGCGCUCGUCGCGGGCCGGGCUGCAGUUCCCCGUGGGCCGCGUGCACCGGCUGCUGCGCAAGGGCAACUACGCGGAGCGGGUGGGCGCCGGCGCCCCGGUGUACCUGGCGGCCGUGCUGGAGUACCUGACGGCCGAGAUCCUGGAGCUGGCGGGCAACGCGGCCCGCGACAACAAGAAGACGCGCAUCAUUCCCCGCCACCUGCAGCUCGCCAUCCGCAACGACGAGGAGCUCAACAAGCUGCUGGGCAAGGUGACCAUCGCGCAGGGCGGCGUGCUGCCCAACAUCCAGGCUGUGCUGCUGCCCAAGAAGACAGAGAGCCACAAAGCCAAGAGCAAGUAAACCGCGGCCGCAGAAACGUCCCGAGCAGAGAAGCGAAACCCAAAGGCUCUUUUCAGAGCCACCCA